CUUUUGGCUACCACCCCAGCUCCCAACCCCCAACCCGGACGAUGCUUGGUGCUUAUCUUUUAUAACCGGCGAGAAACGACCCUGACGCAGUGCAGGUCUGCUGCGCGGCGCGCAUCCUACCCUCGACAGGCUUCAGCCAGCCCGACGGCGGUGACGCAGUCGGCGGGCACCAGGAUUGGGUCGCCAUCGUGCGAGGAGCGGCGGAGAUCUUAUCGCACCACGAGCGCCGGCCAGGUCGUCGCCCUCUGCUCUCGAUAUAAGCCGACCGGGUCGCGCGGCAGGGACGAGAAAUCGACUGGCCAUGCCAUCUACCCGUCCACGGCUUGGUAAAAGAAGACAGACGGACUGAUGCGAACCGACACAGCGUACACACCACCACCACUACCACCACUACCACUCUCAGACGACCAUCACUUACACUUACACAACACAUCCAUCGCUUGCACUGCUUGCAUCACUCUCAUACCACACACAUACAUACCGUACACACACAUACUACCUCCUCUCUCCCGACGCGAUUCCACAAUGGCGACGAGAGCUUUCCAGAACUCCGCCCUCAUUGGCCGCAGCGGCAACAUCAGCCCCGGCCCGGUGAGCGCCCGUCUCGCCGGCGCCAGCGAGAGCACGCCGCUUCUCGCGCCUGACGACGAUCCGGACAGGAAAGUCCCGUCGUCGCCGGCCUUCGACCGGGCCGCGGGCCAGUCCCGCGCGCUCCCGUCCCGCGCGCUCCCGUCCAAGAAGAAGCCCGAGACGCCCCUGCCGAGACUCCAGAUCCUCCUCCUGUGCUAUGCUCGCCUCGUCGAGCCAAUAGCUUUCUUUUCCAUCUUCCCGUACAUAAAUCGGAUGGUACAGGAAAAUGGCAACGUACCGGAGGCCAACGUCGGCUUCUACGCCGGCGCGAUCGAGUCCAUCUUCUCGCUGACGCAGAUGCUCGUCAUGAUGUUCUGGGGCCGCGCGUCCGACCGCUGGGGCCGCCGCCCCGUCCUCGUCCUGUCGCUCGCCGGCCUCGCCGCCGCCACCUCCGUCUUCGGCCUCGCCACCCGGAUCUGGCAGAUGAUGCUCCUGCGCUGCGUCGCCGGCAUCUGCGCCGGCAGCGUCGUCACCAUCCGCACCAUGAUCGCCGAGCACAGCGACGCCUCCAACCAGGCCCGCGCCUUCAGCUGGUUCGCCUUCGCCGGCAACGUCGGCAUCUUCGUCGGCCCCCUCAUCGGCGGCUUCUUCCUCGACCCCGCCAAGACCUUCCCCCGCCUCUUCGGCGGCGUCCCCUUCUUCGAGACCCACCCUUUCGUCCUCGCCCCCAUCGUCGUCGCUCUGAUCGGCUUGACCGCCGUCGUCACGAGCGCCGUCGGCGUCGACGAGACCCUGCACAUGAAAGACGGUGCAGAGGGUGGCGGAGACGACGUCGAGGGCGCCCGCCCGGGACCCGCGCCCAAGGCCACCGUGUCCGAGCUCGCCAAGGCUCCCGGCGUCGGCAUCGUGCUCGUUGUCUACGGGUACGCGAUGCUGCUCGGCUUCGCCUACACGACGCUGAUCCCGACUUUCCUGUACACGACGCCCGAGCUCGGCGGCUUCGGCUUCACCUCGAUCCAGAUCUCCAUCUACAUGGCGCUGACGGCGGGCUCGCAAGCCUUCUGGAUCCUCCUCGUGCUGCCGCCGCUCCACCGCCGCUGGGGCUCCAAGGCCCUCCUGCGCUACUGCGGCGUCGUCUGGCCCUUCUUCUUCGCCAUCAUGCCCUCGAUGAACUGGCUUCUCUGCCGCGACAACGACCCCGCCCACACCCUCUUCUGGGUCAUAUUCCCGCCGAUGCUCGUCGUCGGCUCCAGCGUCGUCAUGGCCUUCACCGUCGUCCAGCUCGCCCUCAACCAGGUUUGCCCUGCCAAGUCAAGCCUCAACAAGCUCAACUCCAUGUCCCUCUCCAUCACCAGCGGCCUGCGUGCCGCCACCCCUGCUGCCUUUAACAGCAUGUUCGCCUUGGGCGUGCGACACAAUAUCCUUGGCGGCUACUUCGUCUGGUUCGUCGUCGCCGCGCUGGCUGUGGGCUUCCUCUUUACCGUGUCGUACAUGCCGCCGGCUACGGACAAAGGGGGGGAGGACGACGACGAUGAGAGGGGGGCCGAAGAGUCGCCGCGGGUAGAGGUAACUAGCAAUUAAAGCAGGAUAAUUAUUGGGAGGUAGGCGAGGGGUUCGGGGAAAAUAGACGGAGGGAGGAAGGGGGAAGCAUCCUCACCUCCCUGGUCACCAACGUAGAAAUCCAGGCUCCAGUGUGCAUUACUGCGGAUAGACAGGUUUUGGGGGAUUCACUCAUCAAAAA